UGGUGGCCGUUUCUCAAUAUGCGUUCUUGUGUGGACUUUUGUUCUCGUGGACUCGUGAAACGUCAUCAGUCGCAGCCCGAGUACUGUUCCAAUUCUCAAGUCCGCAUCUGGCCGAGAACGGUCAUAAUACCCGGAUGUGGCUCGCCCCGCCCAUUUUACCGGGCAUGCAUCGAAGCAGGCUCGUCUGUUCUUGUGAGAGACAUAUAUCCCAGAAUGCAUUUCACCUCAGCAACAGGCAACAACGACAGAGGAAAAUAAACACAACUUUAUGUCGAAGUUUAUAAAUACUACUUUUUUUAAGUAACGUAAUGUAAUUUUCUGACUGAAUAGUAAAAUGUUUAAGUCAAAAACUAAAAUAAAAACGUAUUAGCAAGACCAGCUGACGUGGUGACGUCAUCAAGUCAGCUGCUGUUCCAACUGCGGAAAUGACCGUUCUCCGUUCUCCCGAACCUGCGAGUCAGGAUUCCCGAGUCUGUCUCCCGAGUCUAUUCUCGCGGGAACGCGAGUCCGUUCUCGCCGUCUUAGGUAUUGAGAAACGGCCGGUCUCUUCAGUUUGCGGUGCGGAUGAGUGGGGAUGAUAUGAACCCAGCUGCAGUGGCUCAGCCAGUAAAGGAUGGACAAGGAGAUGACCGGUGGAUGUCACAGCACACCAGAUUUGUGCAGGAGUGUAAGGAUGCUGAACCAGAUGUGCUUUUUAUAGGAGAUUCUAUGAUACAACUAAUGCAGCAUUAUGAGGUCUGGAGGGAAGUGUUCUCCCCUCUUCAUGCGCUUAACUUUGGCAUUGGGGGGGACACCACCUGUAAUGUGCUGUGGAGGCUACAGAAUGGAGAACUGCAAAACAUCCGUCCCAAGGUGGUGGUGUUGUGGGUGGGAACCAACAAUCACGAUCACACUGCAGAAGAAGUCGCCGGAGGAAUUCUUUCUAUUGCAAAGCUGCUCACCUCCCGCCUCCCCACAGCAAAGAUAGUUGUACUGGGUCUGUUGCCUCGAGGCGAACGACCCAACCCCCUGAGGCAGAAGAACGCUGCGGUUAAUGACUUCCUGCGCUCCUGGCUGCCUCGACUGGGCCAGGCUUUGCUCCUGGACGUGAGCGCGGAGUUCGUUCACUCCGAUGGCACCAUCAGCCCACAGGUCAUGUUUGACUUCCUCCACCUGACGCCGACGGGUUACCGCACCAUGGCGAAACCCCUCAGCGACCUGCUGCUGCACAUCCUGGAGGAGACGCCGGAGGAGAAGCGGGCGUCGGCGGUUUGAGGGCCGUGGCCGAGCAGCACGUCUACCCAGAGACAUGUCCGCCCCGCUGCCACGGGAGACGGGGGAGAUAUGUCCCUGGUAUCCGGAGGAUGAAGGGCUCACUCAUACGGGGACCAGGCUUCCCCGAUGUGAGUGGGCCCCAUGAGAGGUUGUGGGAUCACAUUCAUGGGCGGAGGGUCUGGUGUGGAGCGACCUCGCUGCAGACGCUGUGACUGCAGUAGUAACUUCUAGUGCAAAAUCAUUUACAAAGUCCGACGACUCUGAAUAACAGAGAUGAAGUGGGACUGCAGUGGUGCCCACACACACACACACACACACACACACACUGAUUACUCUUGGAAACAUGUUUGACUCGGUCUGCAGUAAUCAGCAAACAAUCUUAUUGUUUCGUUUGAAGUCAGCAAAAGUGGCCACGUUGAAACAAUUUGUGAGGUAAAAAUCAAUGUUUGGUGUGGCAUUGUUUCCUGUAAUAAGUUUGCUUCUCAAAAAGGUUGGGAACCAUUGCUGAGAUGCACACAAUGCAUCAAAUCAUUUUGCUUAUGGUAUAAUCCAGUAGAGAAAAUGUCAUGUGAAAUAAUAACACACAUUUAUUAUGAAGAUUCGUCUGUCCAACUGUUAAUGCGUGCUUUUUAAUUCAAUCAGCAAAAUAAGGAGCACUUAGUCUGCUAAAUGUUCACUUUUGAACUGUAAAUAUUAACAUCCUGUUGAUCAAUAUAAAAUAGAUCAGUGCAUCUCCAAAACCACACACACACACUCUGCUGAUCACUACUGUAUCAGUGUGCUGCGUAAAGUCAUCACUGAAGUAAAUGUUCAACUGAAUCCUGACGUUGGCGUGUUUUAAGACAGACCUCCACUUUUAUAUGAAUGAACAUAUGCUCAGUGUCAUGUAUUCAUGCAUAUCUAUAAAAAGGUUUUAGGCUGUUGAAUCUACUUGUCUAAUGAUGUACACAAGUCUUCCCAAAACCCUGCUAGUGUAUUUACUUUUUACUUGGAGAUUUGCAUACCAGUGUUUUUAUCUGUAUACGUUUACUGUGACUAUUCAUUUUAAUGGCCAAACAAACAAGAAUAUUACAUUAUUCCGUUUAUUUUUCCAGACUAAAACCUGCUAGCUUUUUAAAUUGUGCUUCUUGACUGUUCCCCGGGUAUCUAUUUAACGACAUUGUUGAAUAGAAAAAAUGUCACUGACAUAGUGUGCACAGUUUUUCAGUAGUAAUGCACUUAUUAAGCACUUGCACCCAAAGUACACCUGCUUUCACCUCACCUGGCUGAUCACAACACGAGUUAUUCCUCAUGAAUACAGAUGGCUUUCAGACACUUCUUUCUGCUCGUGUAUCCAACACUAACACUCACACUUUGACUAGCGAUGGCUCUCUCCCUUCUCCCCCCCCCCUAAAAACAUGCAUGUACAGUAUUUUCUCUUAAAAACACAUCUUUAUUCCCUUUCUACUAUGUUGUUAAAUAUCCCUGUUGUAUUUGAUCUCUUACCCUGAGCGGCCUGGCCCCGAACUGUAACUUGGUUACUUCUUGUGUGUGUCGUGGCGCCCCUGUGUCGUUUAGCUCCCCUCAUUUGCGUGCUGUACAUGAAUGGUUUGUGUGUCUGUGUGUGCCUUAAGUGUUGAUUGGGACGCCUGGGACCGGGUUGUGUCAGUUGGACGUGUGGGUGUCGGGAGGCGACCACGGCUGUAUAAGACGUGUGACGCUCGAUGUUGAAGCGAUGGGGGGGGUUGGGGCAGGGGGUCAGAUGGUGGGAGUUUGUGGUUGAUGCCAUAGAGCAUUUGCACUGUUUAGGCCUGUUGUGACAAUAUCAAAAUAGAGCAUUGCAAUAAUAAACAAAAACAAAGAAAAAUCUCACAUGUCAGCAGUGUUUUUUCGUCUUGUAAAAGUCUGAGUGAACAUAUUUUAAUGCUGAAGAAAGGGACAGGAUGCACAAAUCUCUGUUCCUGCAUGGAGGCUUGUGAUUGGCAUCACUGUGUGUUACGCGCUCACCAGCAGAGGGAACCAUUUUAUCAGACCAGUUAUAAAAAUACCCCUCCUUUUCUGCCCAAUUAGUUUGCUUUCAACAAAGUGUCUCUAAUGUAAUGAUUCACCAACUCAACCGAAGAGUCUUCUUUUAAAAAACGACCUCAUUAAAGAUGAAACUAGGCGUGCUGGACCGUAUGUUAAUUUUGGCAUGUUGUGUAAUACCUACUUAAUAAAUCAUUUGCUCAGU